GGUCGCAGCUUGAAAUCCAGAGAUCCGUCGUUAUGGCUGCUUCCGGCCCCAUGCGCACGGCUUCUCUCCCCUCGCUGCUUCCCCUUCUCCUGGGCCUUCUGCUUCUCUCCGCCCCGCUUGGCAGCAGCGGCCUACACACUAAGGGUGCCCUUCCCCUGGAUACUGUCACGUUCUACAAGGUCAUUCCCAAAAGCAAGUUCGUCUUGGUGAAGUUCGACACCCAGUAUCCCUACGGUGAGAAGCAGGAUGAGUUCAAGCGUCUGGCUGAAAACUCGGCCUCCAACGAUGACCUCUUGGUGGCAGAGGUGGGGAUCUCAGACUACGGUGACAAGCUGAACAUGGAGCUAAGUGAGAAAUACAAGCUGGACAAAGAGAACUAUCCAUUCUUCUACCUCUUCCGUGAUGGGGACUUUGAAAACCCGGUGGUGUACAGUGGGUCGGUGAAGGUUGGAGCCAUCCAGCGCUGGCUCAAGGGGCAGGGGGUCUACCUGGGUAUGCCUGGUUGCCUGCCUGCCUAUGAUACCCUGGCCGGGGAGUUCAUCAGGGCCUCUAGCACAGAGGCCCGCAAGGCCUUACUGAAGCGGGGGCAGGAGACCCUGGAGAAUGUGGAGGAGCCCAAAAAGAAGUGGGCGGAGCAAUACCUGAAGAUCAUGGGCAAGGUCUUAGACCAAGGGGACAACUUCCCCACGACGGAGCUAACCCGCAUCACCAAGCUGAUCGAGAAGAACAAGAUGAGCGAGGGGAAGAAAGAAGAACUGCAGAAGAGCUUAAACAUCCUGGCUGCCUUCCAGAGGAAGGGGGCCGAGAAGGAGGAGCUGUGAAAAGACACGCGUGGUGGUUUGGUGGGCCGGAGGGCAGAAUUCCUUGCUUGGCUGGAGGACCCUGGAGGGGGACACAAGGAGCCCAUGGGAGAAGUGCUCACCUGCUGGGUGAGCCCUGGGUGUCCCUGGACAUGGAUAUACCACACAUGGGCAUCUCUGUAGCUGACCUAGGGGGUAACUGGAGCACUACCACCUCAGCUGACUUGUGAAUUCCCCCCCUCUCCCCCCAGAAGGGAUUGGUGCUAUAAAGUGUACCCCCACCCCACCCCCAGGUCUCCAAUCGGUGUAAUUUUCAUCCAAUUAAAGCUCCAGACUUUUGGUUAAAUGGA